CUACCACAGAGCUGGAGAUGAUGCUGUUCUGUCCUGUAAAAGACCUUCAUCAUCUCUCUCAUGCUCCGCUGUUGACUGGUUUUAUACGAGAGCUGAAAACAUGGAGCGUCAACAUGAAGUUCAUGGAGGAAAAGUUCAGAGUUCAGCUCGAGCUGCCAGGCUGAGGUUGGACAAUAACUGCUCUCUGAUCAUCAACAACAUCACUGCUGAGGAUGCUGGACGUUACACCUGUCAGCUUUGGGAUGGAGGACGCUUUGACACAGAUGUGUAUUUAAACAUGAUGAGCAUCUCUCCAUCUCCACCAGGUGCUGAUCCAACAAAAGAUGAAGAUUUCACAUUACAGUGUUCUCUGGUCAGAUACAGAGGGUUGGGUCCUUGUCCAGAGAAGAGCUUCCUCUGGGUGGAUGAGACAGGAAGUGAGCUGCUUGGUGAAGGUGUUGGGUUCAAAUCUGGAGGACAGACUGGCUGUGAUUCUAAUCUCACUGUGAAGCUUCAGGUCAGCAGCAACAGAAGAUACACCUGCCAAUUUGUUGAGGACAACACAGUGAAGGUAGAAUCUCACUACACACCUGAGAUUAAAGCUAUCAGGGGAGAAGGAGUCCAUAUCUACCACAGAGCUGGAGAUGAUGCUGUUCUGUCCUGUAAAAGACCUUCAUCAUCUCUCUCAUGCUCCACUGUUGACUGGUUUUAUACGAGAGCUGAAAACAUGGAGCGUCAACAUGAAGUUCAUGGAGGAAAAGUUCAGAGUUCAGCUCGAGCUGCCAGGCUGAGGUUGGACAAUAACUGCUCUCUGAUCAUCAACACCAUCACUGCUGAGGAUGCUGGACGUUACACCUGUCAGCUUUGGGAUGGAGGACGCUUUGACACAGAUGUGUAUUUAAACAUGAUGAGCAUCUCUCCAUCUCCACCAGGUGCUGAUCCAACAAAGGAUGAAGAUUUCACAUUACAGUGUUCUCUGGUCAGAUCCAGAGGGUUGGAUCCUUGUCCAGAGAAGAGCCUCCUCUGGGUGGAUGAGACAGGAAGUGAGCUGCUUGGUGAAGGUGUUGGGUUCAAGUCUGGAGGACAGACUGGCUGUGAUUCUAAUCUCACUGUGAAGCUUCAGAGCAGCAGCAACAGAACAUACACCUGCCAGUUUGUUGAGGGAAACACAGUGAAGAUAGAAGCUCAUUAUGAGAUUGAAGGACUUCCUGUCAACAGACCCAUCAUCUUAAUCAUCGUUGGAGCAGUAAUCGGGGUUCUGCUGCUGAUGGUGGUUCUUGCUGCUGUUUUUAUAAAACUCAGGAAAACCAGAGUUAAAGAGGAUCACAGAACCACAACAGAAAAUCAACCUUCAACCCAUGAAAGUCACCAUUCGGAUGAGGCGGAGUCCAGCAUGACCUAUGCCAACGUUGCCUAUUUUAGACCCAAAACCUCUCCUAAGAAGAAGGUCAAAGAGGACGAAGACACUGUGACGUAUUCUACUGUUAGGACCAAAAAUAAGUCGGAGGCAAAAAUCUACCCCAGCAGUCUCUACAGCUGUGUAACAAAGCUAAAAUAGGCAAAUACGGAAAAGAAACGUCUCAUCACAUCUCUGCCUUUAUUUAACCUUGUUAGAAGAAGUGGACUGAUGAGUUUAGGUUUCUGUGACACAAAAGCUUUUAUUUAUAGCCUGAACUGUUUUUUUUUAUUUUUUUAUUUCCAUAAUUGUAAGGAUUUUAAAGCAGAAAUUUACUGAGUCAUGAUAGAGCUUUGUUUCAUUUGCCAAAUAUAUGGAAUGCAAAUACUGAAUUGAAGAGAUGCAACAUAAGUAUUUGGUGCAUAAAAUCAUGUAUAAUAGUAUAAAAAUAACUCAACAUAUUUUAAUCCAAAUUGGACUUCAGGGUACCAUAAAAUCACCAUCUUUCUCUAAUGCAAAACUUUCUGCCAUCAAUGUAGAAACAACGUCAUACCAGCUGCUGUUUGCCAGUUUCUGGUUUAUGUCAGUGUGCUACGCAUCUUAACAAACUGUAUCUGAACAUUAAACUUCUGUUCUGAACAUAUUCAGAUCUGAGUUUUUUCUGGAUUUAUCUGAAAGGAUUGUAAAUUAAUUAU